AUGGAGACAUUCGAGGAGAGGUGCCGAAAGCACCCGUACCAGCCAGUCGUCGGCGUAUGCGCCUACUGCCUGAGCGACCGCCUCCGCCUCCUCUGCCCCGACUGCGCCGCCCCUCGCCCAUGCAAAUGCCUGCUUUCCUCCGGCGCCGCCUCCUCCGAGAACCUCUCCACCUCCUCCGCGUCUUCCUCCUUCUCCUCCUCCUUCGACCACCCGAAACAUCCUCCUUCGCGUGACGGGAUCGGGGCCGUUGGCCGGAUCUCCAUUCUCAUCGACGCCGAGCCCCCUUUCCGCCGAUGCAAAUCGUCCCGGGUCGCCGGCAUCUCUUUCCUUAGAUCCAGGUCGCGCGUGAGCCAGAGGUGGCCUGACGAGCCGCUCCCGACCUCAACUCCGUCGGGACCGCGCAAGAAGUGGUCUCUCUGGUCGUUCUUGCUGCCAGAUAAAUCGAAGAAGGAACCGAAGCCGCCGUCGGAGAGUCCAACAGCAACGAAAUUAAGGAGAUCCAGAUCUGUAGGCGUCUCUUACUCCAGCCACUCCUUCAGGAACCCGGCAGCCGUCGCUGGAGGCGGAGAUCGAGGAGGAGGAGGAUCAGCAUCAGUUAAGGGUCGGGGAUGGUCAUUCUCUAGCCCUAUCAACGUCUUCCGGCAGACGAAAACGGUGAACGGCAGGUCGCCGAUGUGUAGAGGCUGA